AUUUUGGUGUAACUUCCGCUUCGAGAUAUUCGACAACAAAAUUUGAGUUAUCAACCACUUUCCUUUAGAUUGUUUUGUGGAAUAUUCUGUGAAUACAGCUUAACAUAUACAGGGUAUGCUGAACGCAAGGAUGUCUUUCUCCUGGAGCAUAUAAUAGAAGAAGAUAUAGAUAUAUGAAUCCGGGUUUGACAGAUGAACUGGUAAACAAUGACAUCCCGAAGUGUACUGACAGUGUCUGAGAGUGUUGAGCAGUCAGAAGGGGAGGGGACCAUCAUCAAAAGAUGCCUGGGUGAAGAUGUGACUGAUACAGUUGACCCAUUUCUAAUGUUGGAUGAGUUUAUAGUUAACCCACCAACAGGAUUUCCAGAUCACCCUCAUAGAGGAUUUGAGCUGGUGUCAUAUAUCUUACAAGGCACUGGUCAGCAUGAGGAUUUUAUGGGACACAAAGGAAAACUGAAGACUGGAGAUGUUCAGUGGUUGACUGCUGGACGAGGCAUCAUACACUGCGAGUGGUCACAUGGUGAGGAGAAAGCCCAUGGCCUGCAACUGUGGAUUAAUCUUGCCAAGAAAGAGAAAAUGCAAGAACCGUCAAUCCAAGAGAUAGUUGCAGAAAACAUCCCUGUUUCAUCUAAAGAAGGAAUAGAGGUCAAGGUCAUUGCUGGAGAGGCAUUUGGUGUCAAGUCCAAGAUUCGUACUAGAACUCCUACCCUGUACCUACAUUUUACAAUGAACGAGGGAACCACAUUGAAUCACCCCAUCCCCCAGGGCUGGAACAGUUUUGUCCAUGUGCUGUCUGGAAAGGCAUUAUUUGGCCCUGAAAACAAAGAGAAACUAGUGAAAUCAACUCAAACCGCUAUUUUAAGCUCAGAGGGAGAAUGUGUGAAAGUACAGAACCAGUGGUCUGAUCCCUGUAGCUUCAUUCUCUUGGCUGGGCAGCCAUUAAAUGAGCCCGUGGCACAACAAGGUCCAUUUGUGAUGAAUACUGAAGAGGAGCUCUUCCAGGCAAUGGAUGACUACAAGUCAUGCACCAAUGGAUUUGAGCGGGGGCGAUCCUGGCAAUCUUCCUUCAUACAAAGCAGUAGCUGAUUCCCGACUAGUCCCAAUAUUACAUUUUAAUUUUUUUUAAAUAUCCAGUUUGAUUAUUCCUUUUUUAAUGAAACAUUCCAAUAUAAUCAAUAAGAACUGAUUAAAAGUCUGUAGAUGUUUUAGUGAAAAAUAUUAGGUAGUCCAAGUGUGUUUGAAAAAAAAAUUAAAGUGGAAUAGGUCCCAUUACAAGAGAAAGUAUUUUUAGAUUCAAAAAGAUAAUAACACAUGCAUGUUUAGUUAUGACAAUAAUUUAGAAAACUUUGCACGUCAGAUUUAAGAAGAGCAUGAAUGAAAUUUUGUGCGAAUUAAUUUUUUUCAUCGUUUAUAUAUUAUCCUUUUUUUCUUAGACUUGAAUUAUUUGAGAUAAUUUUUAUGCAGUUGUAAUGAAUACUCUGACUUGUAAUCAUUUAAAGCAAGCCAAAUUUAAAAGCAAAUGAACUGUGGUUUUGUUAAUAAUUAUGGGCAUCGAUUUUCUUAGAGUUAGUGAAAAUUACAGUUGCAAGGAUAAGUGAAUUCGUGGUCAAUGAUCUUGUCAAUACAAUGUUAUUUGAAUUGCAACUUGAUGAACAUCUAAUUUUAUAGAUCAACUGAACAUCGAAAUGGAUGAAAAAUGGUGUUCAACAAAUGUUGAUGAAACCUCAGUCAUUGAUUUUAUUAGUAUAAACAAAUUUUCUUUUUAAAAUUGUUUUGUUUAUUAAGUUAAUUUAUUUUGGCUGAAUCUUUGCUAACUGGUUCUCAUAAGAUAUGAUCUGAAAGAGAAUGUAUUCCUCUAUCAGUGAUAAAUAUUAACGCCCUAUUAGAGAAGAUAACAGAAAUCCAAAUGUUUUAAAAUUAAUCCUAUUUAUGUAUUAUUUAUACAAUCCUUUACUAUCUUGUUAGGCUUUUUGCCUUAUUAUUUGCAUUCAUAAUUCCUUUUUGGAACUAAUUUAUAUCAGAAGUACUAAUGGAAUUUAAAGUUUAACGAGCCAGCUGUAGAUCAAUGCAUGUAGGGGUUCACAUGUUGGUGAGGUGCUCUAUAUACGGUAAUUAAUAACAUUUUAUUCAAUGUCCCUUAAUAAAAAGAAAUUUUUUUUAAUAAUAAGCAUAAUAGUCAUGACUUUCAUGUACUAGGAUUCAAGUUAAUCAACUUACACAACUUUAUUUUGUUUUGUCCUUUAAUUUUGCCUUUUAAUUAAAUGCUAGAAGGAUAUAAAGAAAUUGGAUGGGGGUUUUUUAAACAUAAAGCAAAACAAGUUUCAUUAAGAAAACCAACAGUUACAAAUAUUGUACUGUUAUUUACUUUUGUAAUGAAUUUUAUGUUUUAACAUUCUCUGGAAAAAUUUGUAUACACACAUAUACAGAUGGUCCCAAUAUACAGCCAUAUAAUUGAAAUUUUAUUUUUGUAUUUCAAAUGUAUAUUUUGAAGAACUGCUGCUAAAAGACCAUUCUCUCUUGGUUUUACGAGGAUGAAAAGACCUUAUUGAAUUAGGACCAAGUGGAUUAAUUUACUAUUUACUAAUAUUUUGUUUUUAUUUAUUGCUGAUUUUUUUUGUGUACAUGUACUUCUUUUCGCUUGUGUUCCAAUGUGGUGCUGCCACUUUGACAAUACUGUUUCUUAGUUUUUCUUUACUAUAUAUUCCAAUCAUGCUUUUCCAGGCCCUGCCUUAUCAAUCUGUUGCAAGGUCUGGGAAUUAAAUAUCAGAAGAUUUUUUCUGAUUUAUACAAGAAGCUUCUUUUUUUUCCCUUAAUUUAUUUUGCACACGUGUUCCAGCACAUUUUGGUACAGUUUAAAAUGGUCUUAUGUUUAUGCUUUUCAUCUUUACAAUUUUUUGUCUUCUUUUAUAUAUAUAUUUUUCUUGAAAUCUGAUUGCUACUGUAUAAUUAAGUUAUAUGCAUAUAUCAUAUUAUUGCAAUCUUUAUUGAUAUUAAUUCUUUUUUUGUUUUUAUUUCUUUUUUCUUAGCUCACAAUUUUUUUAGUAGAAUGUCCCUAGUCAAUGAAAUUUGAAAAGUUUGAUGUUUAGUGAACUUAUAAGUGAAAGUGUAUAUUUUCUCUAAAUUGGUAAAUGAUAUGCAUGCCAUUAAAAAACAGACAAAAAGCUAUUAUGUAAUGUAUCAGUAAUGAUAAGCUUUUUACCCAACCUCUAUGAAAGUCUUAAUAUAUUUUGCAUUAUUUCAUAUUUGCAGAAAAAGUUAACAAGAAUCUGUAUCACUUCAAUUCUAAAAUUCUAAAUGCAGAUUUUUAUAAGCGCUUACUAUAACAAUGAAUUUUAUUUCUUAUUGCUGUCCUAAGGUUAUCUACUUUUUUUUUUUAAAGUUUAAGUUUAGAUUUAAGUCUAAAAAUAAGUGGGUGUAGAUUUACAUGUAGUUCAUGCAGAUGAGGAAUGUUAUGAUUUUUACACACUAUUGUUUUGUUGAUUCAUGUAUUUAUUGGAUCUUGCAUAGCACUGCGAUUUUGAGAUAUUAAGGAUACUAAUGAUUAUGAGGAAUAAAUUUGAAAACAAA